AUGGAUAUAGAUACCACGGCUCGUUUCCAUUUUGGUAAAACAAGGGAUCUCAGCAUUACGUUCGACUAUAUUUCUUUUGGCCUUAAGGAGGUCAGUUGCCAAUACUCCGUAACACAAGACGGAGAUACGGAUAGCUGGAAUGAUAUUCAGGGCAAUUCCAUUAACCUGAGCUCACCGGGUUAUGGUACUUAUACGAUUAAAAUAAGGGCUAAAAACCAGGCAGGAACUUAUUCGGCACCUGUUUCCUUAAAGGUGACCAUAGAGCGCCCCUUCUGGCUAAGCUGGUGGUUUAUACUGAUAGCUGUCAUUAUUGGAUUACUGUUAAUAUCGUUCAUCGUCCGGAAGAUUGUAUUGGCCGUAUUACAAAGGCGUAAGCGGGUUUAUGACCUGGAAUCGAAGUAUUAUUCCGCAGAGUAUAAAACCCUGAACGCAUUGAUGAAUCCACACUUCAUCUUCAACAGCCUUAAUAAUAUCAAAGGCUUGAUAAGCCGUGAUGAUAAGCGGAUGGCAACCCGCUUCCUGACCAGCUUUUCGGACGUGGUGCGGCAGAAUAUGCAGAACCUGUCGAAGGAAACCGUCAGUCUGCAGGAAGAGCUUUUGCUGGUCUCCAAAUACCUGGAUCUGGAGCAGCUCCGGUUUGGUGAUAUUAUCAACUAUAAGAUAAACGUGGACAAUGGUGUGGUGGUGGAGGACGUUUUCAUCCCACCGCUAUUGAUACAGCCAUUGGCGGAGAAUGCGGUGAAACAUGGGCUGCUGCCGGAGAAGUCAACCGAAGGCAUGAUCCGGGUGCAUGUCUAUGAGCUGGGGACUUCGUUAUUUAUAGAAGUGCAGGACAACGGUGUGGGCCUUCAUAAAAGUGACUAUAGUGAGCAUGAAGGCUAUGAAUCGCUGGGCCUGGCCAAUAUAGAGAAAAGAUUGCUCUACCUGCGCCAAUCGGGGCGGCAGCAGAUCUAUUUUACGAUCCGGGCCAAUCCGGAAGGCAAGGGCACCAUUGCCGCCAUAGAGAUACGUGAGUCUUAA